AUGCAGCUAUACGAUGGAGUCACAAUUCCUCCUGAUGGCAACUUCCCAAGCAUGACUGGAGUGAUUGUCUACAAGAAGGAUGAUACAAUCGGAGUAAGACUCACAGGUGACUCGGAAGGAAUGGGAGAUCAUUCUGGAAGCGUCGAUGGCGUGGAUUACUUUGAUGGUGGAGUGAAUUCCGGAGUGAUGACUACCAUCAGCAAAGUGGAGCCUCGGAAGCUUACCAUUGCCGAAGAAGGUUUGAUCCGGAGUCUGUUGCAACCAAAACCUGCGUAUUCCACUCCAAUGGCUUCCAGCGUGCCUAUCUCUGGCUUGUCGCCCGCUGCGUUGGCCAGAAUGAUGCAAUUGAAUCAACGAAUGGGAAUUACACCUACUAAUGGUGCUCCUAAAAACAAAUUGCCUCCCAGCGCAACAACACCAGCAACACCACCCACACCACAGCUCUCAGAUCCUCCUACUGUGACAAACAGUGAACCACCACUGGAGGAAGAAAAGCCAGCCGAAAAGAGGUUGUCGAGGCUAGAGAUUUUGCGUCAGAAAAAGGAAGCCAUUCGCAAGCGCAAGCUCGAACUGGAGAGGAAGGUUGAAACCACCAAAAAGGAAAAGUUGCAACAACAGGAGGACAAGCCAGAGGAGGACAAGCCCGAAGAGGCUACAGAGCCUCAACAACCAAUGGCGACAGAAGACUUCCCCGAGACGAAAGACUCUCCCGAGACUUCCUCUUCCCCCAAGAGUACUUCGUCACAAAAGAGUACGUCUUCCCCAAAGACUUCCACUUCAGUUUCCCAAGCAGCAGUCAUUCGCAAUACUUCCGAAGCUUCCAUGGCCGACGAAGCCGCCUCGGUCAAGUCCAAGGAGAGUUCCGCCAUGUUAAGCAAGGCUUCUCGAUCGUCUCGAGAUAGCAUUGAAGAACUUUGGAUUCAUGAAUUGAGACAUGAAACUCCCGCAAGCGCCGACAAGUACGACUUGGAAGAUGCCGAGAAUUUGUUGCUGGAGGAGGAUGAAAUGGAAGACAAUGCCCCCGAAUCCAAUCGUUCACUGGAUAUGCGAAGUAUUUUGAGGCAGCCUACCUUGCAAGUAGAAGGUACGCCUGCUGUGGACUUGAGCAAGAGUGAAGGCCAAGACAUGGAGCAGGAAGAAGAAGAAGACAAUGGUCGUCAACCGCCCAUGCGGCAAUCUUCCAUGUCACGACUGCAACAAUUGCGACAAAAGAAACGAUUAUUGGAAGCGUUACCAUCAUCCAUUCAAACACCUGCAUCGGCAGGACUAUCAAAAUCGGAUCACACGAACUUGGCUAGUAUGGCCAUGGCCUCGGCUGCGGCAUUGGGACAUUCGCAUCACAAUGCGGCGACCUUUCCAGAUCGGCCUAUGGCUCAAUCUGACGAUGAUGACGACGAUGAUGAUGACGACUCCAAGACUACUGCAAGUGCUCUGAGUCACAUGGAGGACGGUGGGAAUGAAGACGAUGACGCUGUGCCAGCUGCCUUUCAAGAGUCCGUUUCCAUUACGGCCAGUUCUACCAAUGUAUUGCCUGGAGAUGUCGAAGAGACCACCCCAGUUUCUUCUAGCCAUAAAAGACGACGCAUGCUGGGAUUGGGAUUUUUGCCAGGUAGCAACCGACAGCAAAAGAGACAAAAUACGGGUGCUGGAAGACAAUAG